AUGUUUCCCACUCUUCCGCCCAAACCUUUGAAUGAACAAGUGGUGGACCACGAAAAGCUCGAAUACCCAUUAGUCCCGCCUGAUUACAGUCAAAAGGUCCAGAUCAAGACCGACUUACCUGAAUACUUUAAUGAAUUGAGCACCUCCAAACUGCAAGAGCUGAUCAAGUCGCCCGAGAUCCUCCAUAGCUAUCUAUACCAGAACAGCAAUUUUGCAUCGAUCAGCGAGUCAAUCAAAUCUACUCUGGAGAAGCAACUGGAAUACACAGAUAAGCUGCUGGAUCAAACGAAUGACAAAUUAGCUCCACAAACAGAAAGCAUCAACAAACAGCUGGACCAGUAUCACCAGAAGCUCAAGACUUUUGACCAGCUCCAGGUGCAAAUGUACGACCAUCUCAACAAGUACUCGAAGAACUCUAUCAUCAGGACAGUGGAGCAUAAUCUGACCGUUCAGGAUAACGCAACCAGCUCGCUUAUCGACCAGGUCCUGAAAUCGCCUUCGCAGAUUGACGAGGCACAACUAUCAACCCUCAUCUCCGCCUACACAUCAGAACGUCAGGAGUACUAUCUUAUACUAGAAAAAUUGCAUAGACUAUACGAAGAUCGAACAGGCGGGCUGUCGAACUCGUUCACUGCUGGUUGCAAGUUUGGAUCAUUUCCAAAACCAGCAAACACCUGCUCCCAGUCGUCAUUGGCAGCAGCACCUGCUUGGCCAGCGUCGGCACCGCCAACUGGCUCCGAAACAGAGAAGCCUGGAGCAGACCCGUCGAAGCUGUUGAAGUUGUCAAAUUGCGAGGUGUUGAAGGAGUCUUCGGCAUGUGCCUCUUCGAGUCCCAGAUCGUCAAACAUGUCUGUGUUUUUGGCUGCGGAGAAUGGAUUUGUCGACUUGUCGGCAACCUUUGGCUCCCUUGGCUCCUCGCCCGCGUUGAAUCUCGUUGGACUCGAAAUGCUGUCGUGGAACUCCUCGUUGUCGCUGGACUCCUCGUCGGCCGGCUUCAGGUCGUCAAGCGAAGGAGUCUGCUUAGGGAAUCCUGCGGUUGGCUCGUCUGGAGUUGGCAGCUCGGAGGUGGAUCCUUCAGGAUGCACUGCUUUUGUAGCUGGUGAAUACAAAUCGUCCUCUUCUUCAACUGGAGCAGCCGGCUCGCCUGCCUCGGUGGUUCCAGAGACUUCUGUAGUGGCCUUGGAGACUGUGUCCUGGGACUCGGUGAUUCCUGCAAACUCGCCCGGCAUGCUUCCCGGCAUGGUGUACUGA